AUGUACAGUCCCAGAAAUCAUCGAGUACUUCAGGAAAAAGCGAGUCACGUCACUCGCUUCAUUGCUUUGGCAGAUGUUAAAAAUCCCUUGAAUCGUAAGUAUCUGUACGCGUUAAAGUUGGUUCCGAUCGACAAGAUGACACGAGAAGAUCUUACCAAUCAGCCGGAGGACGUGACUGAAAAUCCCUAUCGCGAAAUUGCGGAGGCGGAAAGCUUUCCGGGCAAAGAGACAGUAAGCUGUGAAAUAUGA